ACUCUUUGAUUUAUUUAUUGUUGGGGAAUGUAGCAAUAUUCAUAUGAUCGCAUUAACUCACCUGACUGUUUGGAUGUUUCUGUUAGUAAAUAUUUUUGGAAUUUUAUGAAUGAAAGAGAACAAUUUACAAUCAAGAAUUUCUUGUCACUGUGUUAACCUCAACCAACAUUCUCUGUUUAGGGGUCAGAGCUCUAAAAUGAGUCUCUCUGGGGAGAGAGAGGAAGGGGGCCCUGCCUCUGAAAUGAGUCUCUCUGGGGAGAGAGAGGAGGGGGGCCCUGCCUCUGAAAUGGGUCUCUCUGGGGAGAGAGAGGAGGGGGGCCGUGCCUCUGAAAUGGGUCUCUCUGGGGAACAUGACACCAAAGCUAAGAGCCCAAUCAAGCAGGAGAAACCAGCCUCCCCUGUACCCAGCUGUGUGUCCAUGGAGAGUGACGGGUCAAUUGAACUACCUAUAGAGUUUAGAGAGGGACACUUUUCUACUAAACAAAGAAACCAACAGGAGAGAUCAGAGUCAGAGAUUCUCAGUAGUCAGUCUUCCCAGAGUCAUCAAACAGACCUGGCCUCCAUAUUCAGUUUGCUUGAAGAAAAUAUUAUCACAUUUGUGAAGAACGAGCUGAAGAUGUUCAAAAGGAUUCUUAGUCCAGAACUCCCAGAAGGCUUUGAGAGUCAGAAGCAGGAUAAGGAAGUGGUGGAUGCUGAAGAUGAGAAGCAUGAGAGCAGUGCCAGAGAGGGGGCUCUGAAGAUCACACUGCACGUCCUGAGGAAAAUGAACCAGAAGGAGCUUGCUGACACACUGGAGAAAUAUGAGCUUGCUGUGAUUUGCCAACGUGAACUCAAAUCUAAUCUAAAGAAGAAGUUUCAAUGUGUAUUUGAGGGGAUCACUAAACAAGGAAACCCAACACUUCUCAAUAAGAUCUACACAGAGCUCUACAUCACAGAGGGUGGAACAGGAGAGGUCAAUAAUGAACAUGAGCUGAGACAGAUUGAGACAACAACCAGGAAACAAGCAAGACCAGAGACUGCAAUCAAAUGUAACGACAUCUUCAAACCCUUAACUGGACAAGACAAACUUAUCAGAACUGUGCUGACAAAGGGAGUCGCUGGCAUUGGAAAAACAGUCUCUGUGCAGAAGUUCAUUCUGGACUGGGCUGAAGGAAAAGCAAAUCAGGAUGUCCAAUUUGUAUUUUCAUUGCCUUUUCGUGAGCUGAAUUUGAUGAAAAGGGAAAAAAACACUUUGAUUGAACUUCUCAAUCACUACUCAAUGGAAACCAAAGAAUCAAGAAUCUCCAACUACGACAAGUACAAAGUUCUGUUCAUCUUUGAUGGUCUGAAUGAGUGCCAACUGCCCCUAGACUUCCAGAACAACAAGGUCUGUUGUGACGUCACGAAGUCAACCUCAGUGGAUGUUCUGCUGACAAAUCUCAUCAAAGGAAAUCUGCUUCCCUCUGCUCUCCUCUGGAUAACUACCCGACCUGCAGCAGCCAAUCAGAUCCCUUUAGCGUUUGUUGACCAGGUGACAGAGGUUCGAGGGUUCAAUGACCCACAAAAGGAGGAGUACUUCAGGAAGAGAUUCAGUGAUGAGGACCUGGCCAGCAGAAUCAUCUCACACAUAAAGACAUCAAGGAGCCUCCACAUCAUGUGCCACAUUCCAGUCUUCUGUUGGAUUUCUGCAACAGUCCUUGAAGACAUAAUGAAACAUAAGAGAGAAGAGAUGCCCAAGACUCUGACUGAGAUGUACACACACCUUGUGGUGUUUCAUACCAUUAAGAAGAAUGAAAAGUAUCUUGGAAAAGAAGAGACAGGCCCAGACUGGAAUAAAGAGAGCAUUCUGUCACUGGGAAAACUGGCUUUUCAACAGCUUGUGAAUGGCAAUCUGAUUUUCUAUGAAGAAGACCUGAAAGAGUCUGGCAUUGAUGUCAAUGAAGCCUCAGUGUACUCAGGAUUGUGCACACAGAUCUUUAAAGAGGAAUGUGGGCUGUACCAGGACAAGGUGUACUGCUUCGUGCAUCUGAGCAUUCAGGAGUUUCUGGCUGCUGUAUAUGUGUUCCUUUCAUUCAGCAACAACAAUGAGAAUCUAAUGGCCGAACUGCAAUCAACAUCUAGUAACGAUUGUCUACUGAAGCCAGAAGUUACUGUCUACAAGAGUGCUGUGAAUAAAGCUUUACAAAGUGAGACGGGAAACCUGGACCUUUUCCUCCGCUUCCUUCUGGGCCUCUCACUGGAGUCCAAUCAGAAGCACUUAGGAGGUCUACUGACAGAGACAGGAAGCAGCUCACAGAGCCAUGAAGAAACAGUCAAGUACAUCAAGGAGAAGAUCAGGGAGAAUCCCUCUCCAGAGAGGUGCAUCAAUCUGUUCCACUGUCUGAAUGAACUGAAUGACCAUUCUCUAGUGGAGGAGAUCCAAAGCUACCUGAGCUCAGGAAGUCUCUCAGAAGCCAAACUCUCACCUUCACAGUGGUCAGCUCUGGUCUUUGUGUUGCUGUCUUCAGAAAAGGCGAUGGAUGUGUUUGACCUGAAGAAAUACACCAGAUCAGAGGAAGGUCUUCUGAGGCUGCUGCCAGUGGUCAAAGUCUCCAGAGCUGCUUUGCUGUCAGGCUGUGGAGUCACAGAGAAAUGCUGUGAUUCUCUGGUCUCUGCUCUGAGGUCAAACCCCUCACACCUGAGGGAGCUGGAUUUGAGUAACAAUGACCUGAAGGAUUCAGGAGUGAAGCUGCUCUCUGAUGGACUGGGGAAUCCCCACUGUAAACUGGAGACUCUGAGGCUGUCACGCUGUCAAGUCACAGAGGAAGGCUGUGCUUCUCUGGUCUCAGCUCUGAGGUCAAACCCCUCACACCUGAGAGAGCUGGACCUGAGCUACAAUCACCCAGGAGACUCAGGAGUCAGACUGCUCUCUGCUAGACUGGAGGAUCCAAACUGCAGACUGGAGAAACUCAAUAUGGAACAUGGUGGAGAGUACACAAUGAAUCCUGGGCUUAGAAAAUGGAUUCCUUUUAAGCCUGCUAGGUUACUGGUUGUCUACAAUGACGUCUCCUGUCUCCUUGGAUGUUUUGUCCACAGAAACCAACAGGAGAGAUCAGAGUCAGAGAUUCUCAGUGGUCAGUCUUCCCAGAGUCAGCAAACAGACCUGGCCUCCAUAUUCAGUUUGCUUGAAGAGAAUAUUAUGACAUUUGUAAAGAACGAGCUGAAGAUGUUCAAGAGGAUUCUUAGUCCAGAACUCUCACAAGGCUUUGAGAGUCAGAAGCAGGAUAAGGAAGUGGAUGCUGAAGAUGAGAAGCAGGAGAGCAGUGCCAGAGAGGGGGCUCUGAAGAUCACACUGCACGUCCUGAGGAAAAUGAACCAGAAGGAGCUUGCUGACACACUGGAGAAAAAUGAGCUUGCUGUGAUUUGCCAACGUGAACUCAAAUCUAAUCUGAAGAAGAAGUUUCAAUGUGUAUUUGAGGGGAUCGCUAAACAAGGAAACCCAACACUUCUCAAUAAGAUCUACACAGAGCUCUACAUCACAGAGGGUGGAACAGGAGAGGUCAAUAAUGAACAUGAGCUGAGACAGAUUGAGACAACAACCAGGAAACAAGCAAGACCAGAGACUGCAAUCAAAUGUAACGACAUCUUCACACCCUUAACUGGACAAGACAAACCUAUCAGAACUGUGCUGACAAAGGGAGUCGCUGGCAUUGGAAAAACAGUCUCUGUGCAGAAGUUCAUUCUGGACUGGGCUGAAGGAAAAGCAAAUCAGGAUGUCCAAUUUGUUUUUUCCUUCCCUUUUCGAGAGCUGAAUUUGAUGAAAGAGAAAAAACACACUUUGAUUGAACUUCUCUAUCACUUCUCAAUGGAAACCAAAGAAUCAAGAAUCUCCAAAUACGACAAGUACAAAAUUCUGUUCAUCUUUGAUGGUCUGGAUGAGUGCCGACUCCCCCUAGACUUCCAGAAGAACAAGAUAUGUUGUGACGUCACCAAGUCAACCUCAGUGGAUGUUCUGCUGACAAAUCUCAUCAAGGGAAAUCUGCUUCCCUCUGCUCUCCUCUGGAUAACUACCCGACCUGCAGCAGCCAAUAAGAUUCCUUCAGGGUGUGUUGACCAGGUGACAGAGGUACGAGGGUUUAAUGACCCACAGAAGGAGGACUACUUCAGGAAGAGAUUCAGUGAUGAGGAUCUGGCCAGCAGAAUCAUCUCACACAUAAAGACAUCAAGGAGCCUCCACAUCAUGUGCCACAUUCCAGUCUUCUGUUGGAUUUCUGCAACAGUCCUUGAACACAUGUUGAAAUAUAAGAGAGAAGAGAUGCCCAAGACUCUGACUGAGAUGUACACACACCUUGUGGUGUUUCAUACAAAACAGAAGAAUGAAAAGUAUCUUGGGAAAGAAGAGAGAGGUCCAGACUGGAAUAAAGAGAGCAUUCUGUCACUGGGAAAACUGGCUUUUCAACAGCUUGUGAAUGGCAAUCUGAUUUUCUAUGAAGAAGACCUGAAAGAGGCUGGCAUUGAUGUCAAUGAAGCCUCAGUGUACUCAGGAUUGUGCACACAGCUCUUUAAAGAGGAAUGUGGGCUGUACCAGGACAAGGUGUACUGCUUCGUGCAUCUGAGCAUUCAGGAGUUUCUGGCUGCUGUAUAUGUGUUCCUCUCAUUCAGCAACAACAAUGAGAAUCUUAUGGCCGAACCUCAAACAACAUCCAGCAACGAUUGUCUACUGAAGACAGAAGUUACUGUCUACAAGAGUGCUGUGGAUAAAGCCUUACAAAGUGAGACGGGAAACCUGGACCUUUUCCUCCGCUUCCUUCUGGGCCUCUCACUGGAGUCCAAUCAGAAGCACUUACGAGGUCUACUGACAAAGACAAUAAGCAGCUCACAGAGUCAUGAAGAAACAGUCAAGUACAUCAAGGAGAAGAUCAGUGAAAAUCCCUCUCCAGAGAGGUGCAUCAAUCUGUUCCACUGUCUGAAUGAACUGAAUGACCAUUCUCUAGUGGAGGAGAUCCAAAGCUACCUGAGAUCAGGAAGUGUCUCCAGUGAUGAACUCUUACCUGCACAGUGGUCAGCUCUGGUCUUUGUGUUGCUGACUUCAGAAAAGGAGCUGGAUGUGUUUGACCUGAAGAAAUACUCCAGAUCAGAGGAAGGUCUUCUGAGGCUGCUGCCAGUGGUCAAAGCCUCCAGAGCUGCUCUGCUGUCAGGCUGUGGAGUCACAGAGGAAGGCUGUGCUUCUCUGGUCUCAGCUCUGAGGUCAAACCCCUCACACCUGAGAGAGCUGGACCUGAGUAACAAUGACCUGAAGGAUUCAGGAGUGAAGCUUCUCUCUGAUGGACUGGGGAAUCCCCACUGUAAACUGGAGACUCUGAGGCUGUCAGGCUGUCUAGUCACAGAGGAAGGCUGUGCUUUUCUCGUCUCAGCUCUGAGGUCAAACCCCUCACACCUGAGAGAGCUGGAUCUGAGCUACAAUCACCCAGGAGACUCAGGAGUCAGACUGCUCUCUGCUAGACUGGAGGAUCCACACUGCAGACUGGAGAAACUCAAUGUGGAACAUGGUGGAGAGUACACAAUGAAUCCUGGGCUUAGAAAAUAUGCAUGUGAUCUCACACUGGACCCAAACACAGUAAACAGACUCCUCUCUCUGUCUGAGGAGAACAGAAAGGUGACACGUGGGAGAGAGGAUCAGCCAUAUCCUAAUCACCCAGAGAGAUUUGGCUACAGGAAGCAGGUGCUGUGUAGAGAGGGUCUGACUGGGUGCUGUUACUGGGAGGUAGAGUGGAGUGGGAGAAGGGCUGCUAUUGGAGUGACAUAUAAAGGAAUCAGCAGGAGAGGAGAGUGUGAGGACAGUCUGAUUGGAUGGAAUGACAAGUCCUGGAGUCUGGUCUGCUCUGACAACCUUUAUACGGCCUGGCACAAUAAUAAUACCACUCUCAUAGCCGUCCCCCCCUCCAGCUCCCACAGAGUAGGAGUGUAUCUGGACUGGCCAGUCGGCUCUCUGUCCUUCUACAGAGUCUCCUCUGACUCACUGACCCACCUGUACACAUAUCACACCACAUUCACUGAGCCCCUCUAUCCAGGGUUUCUGGUUUAUGACUCCUCAGUGUCCCUGUGUCAGGAGGUCCCUGUGUCAGGAGGUCCCUGUGUCAGGAGGUCCCUGUGUCAGGAGGUCCCUGUGUCAGGAGGUCCCUGUGUCAGGAGGUCCCUGUGUGAAACACAACUUGGACCUGCUGAGGUCUGAGCGCGACUUCUGUUUGUUGUUGGGAGCUGGAAGCUGAACGAGAGGUUUAUUGUUUUUGUAAAGCUGACCGUGUUUUUA